AUGGACCAAGAUGCGGUAAAAGUCUGCGAGAAAUGUGAAGGCUGUCGAUUGGUACAGAUUCCUAAUGCUCCAGAGCCGAUGCAACGCAGAACUCUGCCGGUUAAAGCGUGGGUGGAUAUCGCCAUCGAUUUCCUGGGUCCGUUACCUUCAGGAGAAUACAUUUUAGUAGUCAUCGACUAUUUUAGCCGGCAUGUAGAUUUGGAAAUUAUGACCACCAUCACCGCCAAAGAAACGAUCAAAAGGCUUGACAAAAUCUUCAGACUCUGGGGUAAUCCGCGUACAAUAACUCUGGAUAACGCGAAGCAGUUUGCAGCAACUGACCUCGAGGACUACUGUCGUACAAAAGGGAUCUUUCUCAACCAUACAUCACCGUACUGGCCUCAAGCGAACGGUGAGGUAGAACGACAAAAUCGUUCUUUACUAAAGCGAUUGAGAAUAGCUAACGCACUUUAUGGUACCUGGCGAGCGGAAAUGGACCAGUACUUGGAAAUGUAUAACAACACACAUCACAGUACCACUGGCAAAGCGCCAAAUGAACUUCUACAAAACGGCAAACUGCGCACAAAAUUUCCAGAACUUGACGACCUGGCUACCGCUGUUCCUUCUGCUGACUUCGCCGAUAGAGAUAGAUCACAAAAAUCUUCAGGGAAGGAGAGGGAGGAUACUAAGCGUCGAGCAAAACCCUGUGACAUCGUGGUUGGAGAUGUCGUAUUUAUUCGAAAUUAA